AAACCAUCUUCCCGCGGGCCGAGUUGUUUACACGCACAUGAAGCGGCGGGUUAGCGGUUCGGUUCUCUAAAAGUGGCGUUGUUUUUACAGUUUGAGUAGCUUCACAGGUCGUCAGCCAUGGGGAAGUCCUUUGCAAAUUUCAUGUGUAAGAAGGAUUUUCAUCCUGCGUCGAAAUCAAACAUCAAGAAGGUAUGGAUCGCAGAACAGAAACUAACCUUCGAGAAGAAGAAGCAAGAAGACCUGAUGCAGGCGUAUCUGAAAGAGCAGGACACUUACAACAACAGGCUGUUGAUGGGAGACGAUCGCGUUAAAAAUGGCCUCAACUUCAUGUAUGAGGCUCCACCUGGAGCAUCGAAAGAGGAAACCAAAGAGGAGGGAGAGGAAGAGUACAAAUUUGAGUGGCAGAAGGGGGCGCCUCGAGAAAAAUACGCUAAAGAUGACAUGAAUAUUAGAGAUCAGCCGUUUGGAAUCCAGGUGCGCAAUGUGAGGUGCAUCAAAUGUCAUAAAUGGGGCCACGUGAACACAGACAGAGAGUGUCCUCUGUUCGGACUGUCGGGUAUCAAUGCCAGCGCUGUGGCCUCCGAGGAAGCAGCAGGUCCGUCGAUGCACCCCUCCGAGUUAAUGGCGGAGAUGCGAAACAGUGGGUUUGCCCUGAAAAGAUGUGUCCUUGGUAGGAAUUCCACUGUUUGCGAUCCAUCGCAGGAUUACGUCGCCAGUGAAGAAGAAGAAGAUCCUGAAGUGGAGUUUCUGAAGUCACUGACCACCAAACAGAAACAGAAACUCCUCAGAAAACUCGAUCGGCUAGAAAAACAGAAGGCCAAGAAGAAGAAGAGCAAAAAGCAGAAGAAGAAGAAGAAAAGUAAAGGGAAACACAAGAAGAAGGCUGAAAGCAGUGAGAGCUCCAGCGACUCGUCCAGCAGCAGCGACAGUGACUCAGAUUCAGACAGUCGGAGCAAGUCCAAGAGCCAGAAGAGGAAGAAGAGAAGGGAUUCCUGUCGGGAUCACGGCUCCGAUAGAGAGCGGAGAGUCGGGAGUCAGAAAAAGGCCUCGUCUCACAGGAGCAGGUCGCCGAGCCCUCGGCGGCACAAAGAGGAGUCGGGAGAUUACAGACGAAGGAGCAGCCCCGGCAAGAAGGGCAUGCUGGACGGAGGUCAGGAGAGGAAGAGGCACAGCAGCAGGGACAGGAGCCGGAGCCGGAGCCGGAGCCGGAGCCGCCAGAGGGACGGCAGAGACGGACGUCACAGCAGAGACGGGGAGAGGAACAGAAGUGGCACCGACGGGAAGAGGAGCCGAACAGCAGAUGGGAGGAGUAGAAGCAGAGAGCGGAGGAAAGAGAGGGAGGGCAGGGGAAGAAGUGGGAGCAGAGAGGGAAGCAGAGACAGGACUAAAAGAAGGCACUGAUGUCUGGUUCCUCUAAGUAAACAGUAAAAAUAUGAUGCAUGUUUAUUGCAAUGGUAUUUUUUUUUUCUUUUUUGUGAAUCUGUUUAAAGGAAAAAAAAACCUCUAUUAGAGCAGCAAAUAGCAGAAAUUGUGUGUCGGUCUGGUUUUCAUCCAGCAGAGGGAAGCAAUCGACAGAAAAUGUGCAGAAGCAGCUCAGCUCGUUUGCAGGGUGAAGCGGUCAAAUUGAUUGAUUACAGCAGGAAUCACUUUGCAUCUGAUCUGGUGAUUGUGAAAAUAUUUUGCGCAAUUUUAUUCGUCAAAGAAAAUUCAGAGGGUCGCGGUGUUUUUCCACGGGUUAAAGCUUCUCUUCACACUUUAUUAUAAAGAGGAAAACCGGAUUUGUUUUGUUGAUAUUUUUCAGGUUUCUGGGACAUUCCUGAGUUUUAUUUUCUCACUUUAAAUCCAAACAUUGUUAAAUGUCGCUGUAUGAAAAUCAUGCCAUCACAGAUUCGGUGUAAAUAAAUGAUUCCGCUGACUGUU